AUGUACCUACCCACCCCAAUGGCAGGACUCGGCUUCACCCUCGGGCUCCUCGCCCUCCUCCCCCAGUCCACAGCCUUCACCAUCCCGCAGACCCCCCUCGGCUUCAACAUCGCGGACAUCUGCCCGCUGGCGCCCAAAGUCCCCGCCCCAAACGACGGGCUAGACAGCGCGCUCAAGUUCGUCAAAGACGCAAGCCUCCGCACGCAACAGGUUGACCGCCUCUCGCGCGCCGUGCAGGUGCCCACCACCGUCAACGACUACAUGACCGACCCGUGGGACGAGGGCUUUGCGCCGUUUGUCGAGUUCCAGGCUCUGCUCCGGGACUUAUUUCCGCUCACUCAUGCAACCGCAAACCUCUCCCACAUCAACCGCCUCGGCCUCGUCUUCACCCUCACCGGCACCUCCCCCGCCAAGCCGCUCCUCUUCACGGCCCACCAGGACGUCGUGCCCAUCAACGAUGCCGCCGACUGGACGCACCCGCCGUUCGCCGGCCACUUUGACGGCGAGUGGCUGUGGGGCCGCGGCGCCAGCGACUGCAAGAACGUGCUGAUCGGCCUGCUGUCGGUCGUCGAGGAUCUGCUGGCGCAGGGCUGGACGCCGACGCGCACCGUCGUGCUGGCCUUCGGCUUCGACGAGGAGUCGCACGGGUUCCUGGGCGCGGGCGCCAUCGCGUCCUUCCUGGAGGAGGAAUUCGGCGCGGACUCGUUCGAAUUCGUGCUUGAUGAGGGCGGCAUGGGACUCGAGACUCUUACGGGCGAGGGACAGGAUGACGGCGUGGUCUAUGCCCUCCCCGGCGUCAGCGAAAAAGGCAGCAUAGACAUGACCCUCGACCUCAGCAUCGCUGGCGGGCACAGCAGCGUGCCGCCCGCGCACACCGGCAUCGGGAUCAUCGCCGAGAUCAUCUACACGCUCGAGCGGACGGAGCUCUUCACCCCGCUCCUGGACGACGCCCAUCCGGCCCGCAAGAAGCUCGAGUGCCAGGUGGCGCAUUCGCCGGGCGCCGUGGAGCCGUGGCUGGCGUCGGCGCUGGCGUCGGGCGACCACGUCGCGCUGGCGGAGCAGCUGGCGUCGUCGCGCGGCAACGCCGUGCGCUUCACGCUGCAGACGUCGCAGGCGGCGGACCUCAUCCACGGCGGCGUCAAGUCGAACGCGCUGCCGGAGAAGGUGUCGGCGUUGAUGAAUUACCGCGUGGCGCUGCAUCAGACGCCGGCUGAGGUGCAGGAGCGGGCCGUGCGGUUGAUUACGCCGAUUGCGGACAAGUAUAAUCUGACGCUGGUGGCGUUCCCGUCCGACGAGGAGAAGGCCAUGUUCAUACCGGGCGAUAAUGACGGCAACGCGGCGAAUACUCUCGUGCUCUCGACGCUUAGUGACGCGCUUCUUCCGGCCCCGGUGAGCCCGACCGAUCUCUCCAGCGAGACCUGGGCGCGGUUCGCCGGCGUGGCACGCUCGGUGUUCGAGUCGGUGCCCAGCUUGCAGGGCAAGACCGUUGUCGUCACGGGCGAUAUCAUGACGGGUAAUACCGACACGCGGUUCUAUUGGAAUCUGUCGCGGAAUAUCUAUCGGUGGAGUCCGUCGCGUCAGGGCGGCGCGUUGAAUGUCCAUACCGUAGAUGAGCGCUUGGCGAUUGAUGUGCAUCUGGAAGCCAUGAUGCUGUACUAUGUGAACCAUCAUGUGCAAAACCAUCAUGUUCAAGUCUAUCCAUACUAA